GAGCCUCUUGUUAAUAUCAUGGUUUCCACUUUUUCAAAUACCAGAAAAUAUUAAACAAAAACAAUUUUCAAUUUAUUUUUUAUGAAGAACAUCUCUUCUGUAGGGUUUAUCCUCUUCUUCUCACUCUAAAAUCUAGAGAGAGAGAGAGAGAAGCGAGUAAGUGAAAUUAUGGCGUAAAUCCACUACAUAAUAUCGCAACUCCAGCUGUUUCUUAAUUAUCUGUCUGGUCCACAAUGGCCAUCGGAGCCGCUAUUUCUCACCGGAACUUCACUUCUCCGAUCACCUCAGGUAAAAUUUAUCAACUUGAACAAGUUACUGCACAUCAGGGAGCAGAGAAGUUAAGUUUUUCUUAUGCACAAUAUGUGCAUAGGAACACUUAUUCGGAAAAUAUACACAGUUUAAAGAAGAUAUACUUUGUUUCUGGAUACAUGACCAUGAAUACCAUAUCUUCUCAUGGUCUUGAUCCUGUUGCUGGUAACGCGUUGAGAUCCAGAGCAAUGAUCUUAUAUGCUGGAGAAAACAAAAAGUUCCAUAUGACAAAUCAUAGGCAAAGAGUAAAAGGAAUAUGCAGAUGUUCUGUCUCUUUACCUUCUGAGAGCUACAAUUGGAUUAAACCGGUACAGCUAAAGAACACCAGUAUAUCUAAUAGUCAAACUCUGCAGCCACGUGUAUCAUCAGAUGGAGGAGCAAGUGAGGUGGUUCUGAUCGGUGAAACAAAACCCUGGUGGGAGCAGUUUCCAAAACGUUGGGUGAUAGUGCUGCUUUGUUUUUCUGCGUUUCUGCUAUGCAAUAUGGACCGUGUGAAUAUGAGCAUAGCAAUACUACCAAUGUCAAAGGAGUUUAAUUGGAACAGUGCUACCGUGGGUCUUAUUCAAUCUUCUUUCUUCUGGGGCUAUUUACUCACUCAGAUUGUUGGUGGUAUAUGGGCAGACAAAAUUGGUGGUAAGCAAGUACUAGGUUUUGGGGUUAUCUGGUGGUCAAUUGCAACCGUUUUGACACCCAUUGCUGCCAAAAUUGGACUUCCUUUCUUACUUGUCAUGCGUGCCUUCAUGGGGAUUGGCGAGGGUGUUGCGAUGCCUGCUAUGAAUAACAUACUUAGCAAGUGGAUUCCUGUCUCAGAGAGAAGUAGGUCACUGGCACUGGUAUAUAGCGGAAUGUAUCUAGGCUCGGUGAUAGGGUUAGCCUUUUCUCCAAUCUUGAUCCAGAAGUUUGCAUGGCCAUCUGUGUUUUACUCAUUCGGUUCCCUUGGAAGUUUGUGGUUUGCCUUUUGGCUAAGCAAAGCUCAUAGUUCACCAGGUGAGGACCCUGAGCUUAGUGAAGAGGAAAAGAAGCAUAUUUUGGGUGGUAGCAUCGCAAAGGAACCCGUCACUUCCAUUCCGUGGAAACUUAUAUUAUCGAAAGCACCUGUAUGGGCUCUCAUUGUGUCCCAUUUCUGCCAUAAUUGGGGAACAUUUAUUCUUUUAACAUGGAUGCCUACCUACUAUAACCAGGUGUUGAAGUUUAACCUUACUGAAUCUGGAUUAUUAUGUGUAUUGCCAUGGUUGACUAUGGCUGUCUUUGCCAACAUAGGAGGUUGGAUUGCCGACACACUUGUUAGUAGAGGUGUAUCAGUCACUAACGUUCGUAAGAUAAUGCAAUCAAUUGGAUUCUUGGGCCCAGCUUUCUUUCUUACUCAACUGAGUCACGUCAAGACGCCUGCUAUGGCAGUGCUUUGUAUGGCUUGCAGUCAGGGAUCUGAUGCUUUCUCACAGUCUGGCCUCUACUCCAAUCACCAAGACAUUGGGCCCCGUUACGCGGGAGUGUUGUUGGGGUUGUCAAACACAGCUGGAGUACUUGCUGGAGUUUUCGGUACAGCUGCAACAGGCUAUAUAUUGCAGAAUGGUUCCUGGGAUGAUGUGUUCAAAGUGGCUGUUGUUUUGUACAUCAUUGGAACUCUUGUUUGGAACCUCUUUUCUACCGGUGAGAAAAUUCUUGAUUGAAUAUACCACAUUAGAGAAAGUAGAUAAUCAAAAGGUAAAACCGCAUUCACCCAAUCGGGCCCUAGUAUGAGGCUCAAGUAUCCUCGGUGCAACGGGCUGAUCUCCAGGUAGGGCGGGUUGGGGCUGUAACUAGUCAGCCCAUUUAAUUUAAUUUUUCGUCUUCUAAACAAUUAUUGUCGAAAGUAUUUUGCAAGUCGAAAGUAUUUUGCAUUCUUAACUUGUUUACACUUUACAUUUUACACGUGAUAUGUUGUUGUAUAAUGUAAUGUUUAUAUUUUAUAUAUAGUUUUAUGAGAA